AAAACCAUCCUCUCAAAUUUCUGUUUUCAAAUCUCUUAGUUUCAGUAUUCGCAACUUCGAUUUCCACAUUUUUUUCAAAAUGCUUAAAAUAGCUAUAUUGGCAUUGCUGACUGUAUCGGCAUUGGCUAGAUACCAGAGAAUGCCUCCUGGCUUCGGAAGCGAACCAGCAUCGCCAAAACAGCCUGAAGUAUUUGAACCAUCGCCAAAGGAAGCCGAAAUAUCUGAACCAUCUCUUAGAGCCUACCAAUGCGGAAAAGCUCCUUUGCAUGAUCCAUUGGACCAAAGAAUUGUCAAUGGUUCAUACUCGCCAGUCAGAGGAUCGUACCCCUUUAUGGUGAAUAUCAAAAUGGGCUGGAACCACUGGUGCGGAGGUGCUCUGUACGAUAAAUACACAGUGAUAUCGGCUGCGCAUUGCUUCUGGACCGGCAUGAAUCCCUCGUCUUUGAAACUGUUUUUUGGAGACAAACAUCAAAAACAUGGAUACGAAAUCGAACAUGGCCAGGAGAGGAGAUACGUCAGAAGCGUCACACUUCACCCAAGAUACGGCCAGGAUGGCUGGAACUCAAAUGACAUUGCGAUUCUUAAACUGACUCAGUCCGUCCCUUUCACUGACAAGAUCCAACCUAUAUGCUUGCCAACCAUGGAGGUUCAAGGGGGUGAGAAGACUGUGACUAUGGGGUGGGGAUACACUAAGGGAACUGGCGACGGAAACAUCUUGAGCGUUGUCGAAGUUCCUAUAAUUUCCAGAGAUACAUGCAAGAAGUGGCUGGGAGGAUACUUCACGGAGACAAUGGUCUGCGCCGGAUUCGAAGAAGGCAUGCGGGACUCCUGUCAAGGAGACUCCGGAGGACCUUUGGCCAUGCAGAAUGAGGAAGGGUUCUUCGAACUCACAGGAAUAGUCUCUUGGGGAAAUGGAUGUGCCCAGGCGAGGAACCCAGGAGUCUACACUGAUGUUGUGGACUACAAAGACUGGAUCAACGAGGUUGUUGGAACACCGAGGUACUAACACACUGUGUCUUCCAGUGUCAACUCACGGGGUACUAGCAUGCGGAUUUGGGCUGAAAGGCGAUCUUUAAUUUAUUGUAAUUACAUAUUAUAAUAUUGGUGAAGCUGAAUAAAAUAAUUAAAAUCAAA